ACCUGAACCCAUAGAUAUAUAGAAGGGGAGCUGAGAAGAGGAGAGAAGAGAAGGAAAUGUUAGGGUUUAUUUUUGCAUUCAUUGCUUAGGUAUUAAGGUGAAGAGAAGGGUGAAGUAGUUCAGACUUCUAAACACAAAAGCACAAAAGCAUCCACAAAACAAUACAAAAGAGUCAAAUUCAAGAAAAUCUCUCUCUCUAUCUCUCUCCUCUCCUCUCCUCUCCUCUCCUCCGGGCUUAAUAUUUCUGGUGUCUUUGUGAAGAUGCCAGAUUCAGCUGAGAAGUUGGAGAAAGACAGUUUGAAUGGUGAGAGUCAAGUGAGGGAAGAUAGUGAGUAUGUAAGAUUGGUUAUCUCAGAUGAACCAAGAGUAGCUGAAGCUGAUACCUUACCUCAAGCUCAAACAAAAUAUAAUUGGUGGAUCAAGACCAUUUUUUGGUGCUUUGUUACUAUAUUAGUUCUUCUCAUUUUUGUGAAAUGGGGAGUACCAUUUCUUUUCGAAAAGGUUCUCCUUCCAAUCUUGCAAUGGGAAGCCACUGCCUUCGGUCGUCCAGUUCUUGCUAUCGUACUUGUUGCUUCUUUGGCAAUAUUCCCUGUACUCUUAAUUCCUUCUGGUCCUUCCAUGUGGCUCGCUGGAAUGAUAUUUGGUUAUGGUCUUGGAUUCGUUAUAAUUAUGGUUGGAACAACUGUUGGCAUGAUCCUUCCAUAUUUGAUUGGAUUACUCUUUCGAGAACGAAUUCAUCAAUGGUUAAAGAGAUGGCCUGAGAAAGCUGCAAUGAUUAGACUAGCAGGGGAAGGGAGCUGGUUCCAUCAAUUCCGAGUGGUUGCACUCUUCAGGGUUUCUCCAUUUCCAUACACAAUUUUCAACUAUGCAAUUGUGGUGACGAGUAUGAGGUUUUGGCCCUAUUUAUGUGGAUCAAUCACUGGAAUGGUUCCAGAAGCCUUCAUUUACAUCUACAGCGGUAGGUUAAUUAGGACGUUUGCAGAUGUGAAGUAUGGGAACCAACACUUGACUACAGUGGAAAUUGUUUACAAUGUCAUUUCCUUAAUUGUUGCAAUCAUUACCACAGUUGCUUUCACCGUCUAUGCAAAGAGAACUCUGAAUGAACUUAAGGGGGCGGAAACCACUGGCACCAACCACAGCAAUAGCAACUUAGAGAUGGAGAAGCUUCCACUUGAAAGGCCUAGGCAUCUGGGUAUCCUGGCAUCCUUGUCAUAGCUAUAGCCUAGGACGGGUCGCUUUUUAGAUUUGUUAAGUGUAGAUAGUUGAAGGUCGUGAGGGUUUCUGUGUUAGAUCCCUUGUAUUUGUAAUUAAGAGGGGGAAAAAAAAUGAAAAGAAAACACAAUAUUCUGUAAUACCAUAAAAUUGGAGAAAGGAUGUGUGAGUAUAUUGGUGAGAAACGAUGCGUUGUAGUAGUGCUUUGAAUGACAAGGCACCCUUCCAAAAAAAGAGAGCAGUCAAGAGUUGAGAUUUGAAGUUAAAAAGGACUUUGUUUUGGUAUCUGCAUUCGGACUCGAGUGAUGACACCUAAACGACAUCAUUUUUUACUUUGCUUUGUUUAUUUUAAAGCACUACAAAGAAUGCACUACAGAGGAUUCAAUUUUCAA